AUGGUGAAAUUUCAAAAAAGAAUAUCAGAAAAGUCUUUGUUACAAAUUGUUCACAAAAUGAUAGUUUGUCAAAAGUUCUUGCAGCAUCUUCAACUGUUAGUCACUGUGCUACUUCUAAGCUGGAGAGCCACCUUUGAGCACUCUACAGGGACGAAAGUUGGUAUCAAGUGCUUAGAGAAGGAGAGAGAAACUCUUCUCAAGUUCAAAGGUGAGCUUAUUGAUGAGUCUGGCCAACUCUCUUCUUGGGGAAAUGAAGAAUAUAAGAAGGAUUGCUGCAAAUGGAGGGGUGUCAGUUGUGAUAAUCAAACUAAUCAUAUUGUUGAGUUGGAUCUUAGUGGUUUGCUUCUAGGAGGUAACAUUAGCGUCUCUUUGCUUGAAAUACGACAUUUGAAAUAUCUAGACCUCAGUGUCAAUGAUUUCAAUGAUAGCAAAAUCCCACAAUUGAUUGGUUCCCUAGGUAGAUUACAGUAUGUUGAUCUUUACGAUUCUAAUUUUGGCGGAGAAAUUCCACAUCAUCUUGGCAACCUUUCCGAAUUGAAUUUUCUCCGUCUUGGCUCCUAUCAUGAAAAUUUACUAACUAGCACAAAUCUUGAUUGGCUUUCUCAACUUCAUAUUGAGUUACCUUGCCAUAAUCUCAGUUAA